CGUAGUUUCAAACGUAAACUGAAGCGCUUUUGACGCAAACUCGCUGCUUUCUUCUGUCAGUGCAUAAGCAUAUGCACAUUGAUCGGAGUGUUUUGGUGUUGUAGUGUUUUGGUCAUGGCGGAGGUCAGAGCGCUGGGUGUUUUCCAGGAGCGGGUGAGAUCGCUGUUCGGCUCGUUGCUGGAUGUGCUGCUGGUUGAAAUAACAGAGGCGUAUCGAGAGAGUUUGGCUGACAGCAUGAACAUGAACCACUGUGAAUGGUGUGCCAAUAAUCGACCUGAGAGCAGGAACCAUACGGACAGCAAAGUUAGAGGGAUGUCUGGAGAUUCUCAGCCUUUAAUGAGCCUUCAAUGCAGUGACACAGUCAUUGACCCUGAAGAGCCGGAAACAGCACAAAAUCUCAAAAUCUUGCAGGAAUCUCCGACUGUCUUAACAGAAGAAUGUAAAGACAUACAGUUAGCUGCUGUAGAAGAUAAGAUGAUACGAAUAGUAACCAUGAGUGACAAUGAAAUGCAUCUCAGUCCAUGUCCAGCGCAGGAAUCGCCGCCUGUCCUAACAGAAUCUUCAGAAUGGGAAGACAUACAGAUAGCCGUUGUAGAAGAUAAGACGAUACAAACAACAGUAGCCAUGAGCGACAAUGAAAUACAGACAGUUCCACAGACUCCCAGCAUAUCUGAAGAAUGUCCACCAGAAGCAUCAGGCACGACUGAACCAGAGCCCGAACGAGACGUUAAACAGGAGUACGAAGAAGUAGCUGUGACAACUGAAGAAGACGAGUGGGAAAUUGAGCAUGCGUGCCAGACUUCAGCUGAAAGUAUUGGAGCUCAGCUGAAGCCUGAGGACAAUGAGCUCCAUAAACCAGAAGAGUCUUUUCAAAUGGACGAUUCGUGUCCUCACUGGAGCCCGUCUUCCCUGGGUGGUUAUUUUGCCUCUGUACGGAAUCAAAUAACACAGAGCCGUCUUGUAAACAUGGCGUCAGGGGAAAGGCUCGGACCUGUGCGGAAGCAGGAGGACUUUGAUCUGUCCGAUCCUCCUUUAAGACCCUGCACUGUACGAAUCCGUAGGGCCGAGAUAUUGCAAAGACCCACCAGGCGAUUCCACGUUUGCAAUGUUUGUAACAAAAUCUUCAUCUACAAGCGAACCCUGAGGAGACACCGACGCUUCCACACCGGCGAGAGACCCCACGGCUGCUCGCUCUGCUCCAAAGCCUUCAUCCUGCGCAAAACCCUCCGGCAGCACACCAAAGCUCACUUCAGGAGGCCGUACAGCUGCACGCAGUGUGAGAAGAGGUUCAAGCACUGGCGAAAGCUGCGGCUCCACUGGCGCUCUCAUGCCGGAGAGAGUCCGUUCGUCUGCAGCCGCUGCGGGAAAUGCUGCAAGACUCUGAAGAGCCUCGACCGGCACCUGGCUUACGUAGACCAUGACCAACCAACAGAGAGAUCCAUUGUUUGAUACAAAAAAGGAUGUAAGAAUCAUAACUAAUGACUUUUUGCCAUAAUAUUCAAAGUGUACACUAGACAAUGCAGUUAUGUAUUGCCAUUCGUGUUUAUGAAUAGUGUAAUAUUGUGACUUUUUCUUGUGUCUCAAACGUAAGUGGAAUAAACUGAGUUGUGUGUAUUCU